CCCUCGCGCUUCCUCGCGAGAGUUACGUGGCAAUAAACAUGGCUGGUUGGGCAGGCUUCAGCGAUGAAGACUUGAGACGAAUAAAGCAAAGCUCAAAUGGAGGGGCAGACACAGCUGCCUUCAGACAGGCCCAGUUCAAAAAGCAGCAAGUACCAAACAAAGAUAGGAUUGUGAGAAAUUCCAAAGGCCAUGGAGCAGCUGCUUCUGGCAAUCUGACUCAACUGGAUCCCUCACAGAGGCUAGUGCAGCCUGAGGAACCGAAGGUGAAGGCCAAUGGAAAAGGACCAAGGGGAACAGAUCAGGGGCGACCGAAGCCGAGUGCGAGACAAGAUGUGGACAAACUGGACAAGCAACAGGAGGAAGAAGUGUCCUCAGAAAAGCAGACUGACUUAGGGCAGAAAGUAGAGCAUGAGCCACCAUCAGAAGACAAGGGAAGCAUGCGAGAACUUGAUGAAACAGAAGCAAUUGGUGUGGAACUGGACAAUAUGGCGAGGUUCCAGAAGCAGCAGAAAAUGAUAGAAGAGGCCAACAAGCAGAAGAGGCUGUUCCUGGCCAAUGCCAUCAAUGAGAGGAAGAAGAAGGCCAAAGCAGAAUCUGUGAAACUGACAAAGAUUCAGUCAGAACUUGGACGUCUUGACACUUUGCUGUCAGUCGAUGUUGGGGUCAUCAGGGACAAGAUAGAGGCAGCCAGCAUGGACUACACGGAAGCUCAGAGACGGUACACCCGAGCAGAGCAGGAGUUUAUCAAUGCAAAGAUGGACUUGUUUCAUAAAGGCGAGUUGAAGGAGAGGCUCACUGAGCACCUGUACACAAUAAUUCACCAGAAUGAGGUGAGGAAGGCCAACAAAUUGGCAGAACUGAUGAAACAAUUAGAAAUGGAAGUUGCAGAAGAAGAAAUGGAAGUGUCUGUUCCGACCAUUCCAAUGCUUUCAAAUUUUAAUUCUGUCACAACACUCCCAAACCCAGCACUGAAGUCUCCAGUACACAGCCCUGAGGUGGUUAAGACCAUAGAUCUGAGCAACAAAGAUUCUUCAAAAGAAAGUACAGACUCUGUGCCUACCAAGUCACCUGAGGCUGAGACAGGCAAGUCAGAAUCAGGGGCAGAUAACUCUUCACAGACACAAGCAGGAACUAACACUGAAACAAAGCCUGGUUCAAGUGUGGAAGGUCAGUGUAAUGAACUUUCUGAAAAACCUGAUGAAAGUAAGACUGUUGUUUCAAGUGAUAUAUCUAAAGAUGUGCCUCAGAAACAAGAUGCUGUAUCUUCAUCUGUUAAUAAAGCAGCUUCAUCAAGUCAGGAUGUGGGGGUUGCACAACAGACGUGAAUAUGUUCAUAAUUUUAUAUAUUUUUUGUUAUUAUUUUAUUUUAUUUUUUUGGGGGGAGAGAUGGGGUUUUUUUAAUUUUCUUUUUUUG